AUGAUCCCCGACAAGUGGAAAUGGUCCGUGAUUGGUGGGUCACUGAUGCCCAAUGGCCCCAGCAAUUGGCGGAUUGUGGACUGGGACCAACGGCGGACUGUUGCCAUCACCACAGCCGGAGAACAAGAAGAUGAGGAUCUCAUGAAAGAAUUCCUCAUCAGACACAUCAAUACUCUCUCUCCGGAUGUACGGGAGGUCUCUGUCUCUGCCACCGGGGACUUGCUUUCUGAUUCCAACGAUGUCGAACGAGACUACACGAACAUCCCAUACUACCCACCAUUUCAGGCACUAUUGGCCACAGCACCUUCCAACCAUAAGUACAGCAUCUCUCGCUCUGAUAUGCGCGAGAAGGACCGUCUUGGGCCAAUGGUGGACUUGGUGUCUCGUCCUGCCUUUGGGGAUGGUUCACCAAAGCUUCUCGUUUUCAAGUACUAUUUGCACGAGCAGUUCACCGAGGCACGCUGGGCCGAGAUGAACCUAUGGAUGCGUCUACCGGCGAACCGUCACAUUGUGCCCUUCGACCGUGUUGUGUCCGAUAGACUGGGCGACGAAGAUGUCGUCGUUGGAUUUACCACCAAGAAGCAGUUCAAGCUUAGUUGGUUGAGGCACCUUCUUUCUGCCGUUGAUGAUUUGAAUCUCAAAUAUGGAAUUGUCCAUCAAGAUAUUGCUCCCAGGAAUCUUCUUGUGGAUUGUGAUACAGAUGACCUUCUUCUUUUUGAUUUCAACUAUUCUGCACGCAUCGGGGAAGGCGAUGCGGGCCCGGCCCGGAACGAUAUCAAAGGCACAAUUUUCACAGUGUAUGAGCUCAUCACACGUGAUGAUAGCUUUAGACAGAAGCCGUUUUGGGAGCAGAACUCCGCCGAUGUGAAGUCCAUGAAGGAAUGGGCCAAACACCCAGAUGUUGAGCUUGACCAUCCUAUUUCGAUGUUCCGACAGACCUUGGACAGCUGGGUAAAGAAGCGACGAGAAGGGCAGCAGAUUACACACUACAGAGAAGCCCCAGAGCACAUAGACUGGCCUAAGACUCCUGAGACACCCGUGCGAAGGUACACCGCGAAAGAUGGCCAGGGAUCUGAGGUUGUAAGAACAGUACCCGGCUGGAGUACUCAGGUCUGUUUUGCUCACAAAAUGGGGUGGCCGUAUCUGAACUGGCAGAGACCAAGGGAGGGGAUCUUGGACAAGGAUUCAGUUCUCCUGGCAACAGGUACCGUCAUUGGAGGACCCGAGAUGGCACCUCCCUCACGAAGAUAG